GUCUUCAGGAAGAAGAGAGAUUGGAUGUAGAGUUGAUUUCGGUACCCCUGUCUGUCUGGAGCUUUGAGCACUUGGGCUGAAUCAGGAGCUGUAAAAAAAAAUGGCCAAAAUCAAGCUGUCAUUGCUGUUUACUGGCACUGUGCUUGCUAUCAUUUUAAUGCCAGAUUUUCUCGGGGCUGGUCCUGUGGGGCACCCAGAAAAAGACCAAGUAGUUGAGAUUGCUGAAGAGAAGCCAGCCAGCUCAUUAGCCCUGAAAAAACUGACACGCAAUAAGAGGAAUCCUGUUGCUUACUACAGACGCUUACCUGAAUUUUGGGCCUGGUACAAGUACUACAUGGAAACCCACAACCAAGAGGGAAUUGAGAGUUUGGACCAGCUCUACCUGAUCUAUCUGCAGAAUAAACACCGGGUUGAGGGGGACAAUUCAUACAAACAUUACCUCUCCCAUUUGAGUGAAGUCUACAAGAACUGUGCUCGUUCAGAUGACCCUGACUGCAUUCCAGAGUACACCAGCAAGCCCACAGCUAAGAUUGCUUUGCCUGCUGCCAUUAAGCAAGCUCCAGUGAAUAUGUGCAACCCAUAUCUUGAUCCCUACUGUAUCAUUUCUGUUGCUCCUCGAGCAGCACCUGAGGAGCCUCCUCCUGCUCCUAUUUCAGUUAAAUCUCCUAGUCCCAUUCUGGUCCCUACGCCUAUACAAACCCCAUCCGGGUACCAUUACUAUGCCCCAGCAAUGGAACCUUUCCUCUCAAAUGAACAGAGAGCUGAGCUGCUCCGGAUCUGCAACCCAUCUGAUGUAGAGUGCUUGCAAUACCACUUGCGUGCUGCUCAUGGUUAUAGGCCUGCACUUUCCCCAGUGCCUUCCUACGCAUACCUGGGAUGUGACCCCUCAAAAGACCCUUAUUGCGUGCCUAGAAUGCUAGCCAAGAGUCCAUCAGGUCUGUAUCAUGUUCAUUGUAACCCUGCUGUUGACCCUCUUUGUGUCAGUAAUAUAGCCCCAGCUGCCCAAAGUGCAGAUGAGGCUCCUAAAGAGCCGUACUGCAACCCUCUGUUUGAGAAGGGGUGCAAUCCUCUUACUGCUAACAGGCUGGUUACACUUAAGGCUCCUGUGCUGCAGUAUGUGUCACCAGGACAGCUGUCUCCUCUCCACCUAGCUGCCGUAAUGAAACCAUUUGUGAAGUCCAGUGCCACGCCAGAAUGUCAUCCUUAUGACCCCAACUGCAGCAAUUUUUCUCCUCCGGCUCCCUUUGAGGCAGCCAAAAACAUCCAGGAUGGCAUCAUCUUACCUCAUCCUGACUGUGAUCCUGAGAUUGACUACAAUUGCCGUCUGCGCCGAGCAGAGCCCAAAGACAACAAAAAGACAGCUGAGGAACCCAAGGAUGAGCCGGAAAGUGGAGACGCCAGCACUGCCAAUGUAGCUCCACAGUACCAAGUUGCACGUUUUGAGGACUUCUUGAGGGGAUACCUGGGUCACUAUAAGAAAUAAGAGAACAUGCCAGUAUCUGAAUAUGUUUUAAUUCUUAAACCAUGUGUAAUGUUUUAAAAGGAACUUGCAAACAUGCUAAAGCCUUCAGCCCUCAGGUCAGCAAUGACCUCCUGGUCAUGAAGCUAAAUCUCACACUUCAGAAAAGAUAGAUUAUAGAGAUGAUUUUAAAUCAUUACUUUCUAGCAUUAAGUGUACGGCAGGAUCACAGGACUUUACUUGAACAUGGGCAACACACUCAGAUUUUCUAGUCAAAUUACUAUUGUUCAUUUUAAUACUCCAUGCUCACCAGAAUGAUAUGCAGGAUUGCCUAGUAAGACCAACGCACCAACCAUUUUUGAAUUGUGAAUAAUAUUGCAUUACAGCCCUUUGAACAUACGAAUUUUUUUAUAUCAUUUACUGCAUAAAUAAAAUUACUAAAUAAAUUGUU